CCCCGCCAUGUCCCAGGCGACUGCUCCCUCCGUCGCCGGCCAGGAGGCCGCCCCCCAGGCCGCCCCGCCGAAGCCCGUCGUCGUCGCCGCCGCCGCCGUCCCGGGCCCUGCCGGCAGCAACUUCUUCAUUGUCUUCAAGGACCUUCUGGCCGGUGGUGUCGCCGGCGCCGUGUCCCGUACGGUGGUCUCCCCGCUUGAGCGCAUGAAGAUCCUCUUCCAGGUCCAGGAUGGUGCGGCCGACGCCUACCGCGGCAUCGUGCCCACCCUGCGUAAGAUCGCCACCGAGGAGGGCUGGCGCGGCUUCUUCAAGGGCAACGGCACCAACGUCAUUCGGAUCGCCCCCUACUCGGCCAUUCAGUUCGCCUCCUUUUCUCAGUACAAGAAGAUUGCCCUCUCCAUCACCGGGACCGAGUACCUCGCCCCGGUCCCCAGCCUGAUUGCCGGUGCCUGUGCCGGUAUCACCUCCUCCACCAUGACCUACCCACUGGACAUCAUUCGGACCCGGCUGUCCGUCCAGACCGACGGCCGCUAUCGCUCCAUGUGGCAUGCCAUCGCCGAGGUGUACAAGCAUGAGGGCGGCGUGCGCGGCCUUUACCGCGGCCUGUCGCCCACCCUGCUCGGUGUGGCCCCUUAUGUGGCGAUCAACUUCACCACCUACGAGACCCUGCGGCGCUUCUUCGCCGAGCAGGAGGCUCUCAAGGAUGAGAACCACCACCGCGACCCGAAGAGCAUCCAGCCCACCGGCCUGCAGAAGUUCUUCUCCGGUGCCGUGGCCGGUGCCACCGCGCAGACCUUCACCUACCCCCUGGAUCUGGUUCGUCGGCGUAUGCAGAUGAUGGGCAUGCCCGACUGCCGGUACCGCUACUCCAGCACCCUUGACGCCUUCCGGACCAUCGCCCGUGUGGAGGGGAUACGCGGCCUCUUUAAGGGCAUGUUGCCCAACUACCUGAAGGUGGUCCCCCUGAUGGGUGUUAACUUCCUCGUCUACGAGUGGUGCAAGCGCCUCCUCAACCCUUGAGCGAGAGCCGGCCAGGCAAAUCCCGGAUGAAAGGGGGCCGCGCGCACGCGGUCGGCCUCCCUUUUUCUUGUCUCCCUCCCCAGCUUCUGCCUUCCCGCCUGCUUCUCCCCGUCCCUCUUCCCCCCCCUCCCCCUCUCCCUCUCUGCUCCUCAUCCCCUUCACAAUAUCCGCCCCCCGUCCUUUGCAUUUUGGCGCGGUGGCGUAUGCCCCUCGCGCGCGCGUAAGUGCCCCUUGCUCUCCCCCCCCCUCUCUUCCUCCUCCCCCCCCCUCAAUAGACAUAUACACUUGUG